AUGAUUUGGACGUAUGAAAUGGAUCUUGCGCUAUGCAAGCUUGUGUAUAUGAACAGUCCGGAGAUAUUGAUUGAAGGUAUUAGAGAUAGAAGGAAGAAUUACCACAGUGUGUUGAAUGAGUUCAACAAGCAGUUUAGACUUCAGGUGAAACAGCCACGUACUGUAAGGGCGCGGUUUGAAAGGUUACUUUUGGACUAUAAGAGCCGAGCCAAGACCAAGUUUGCGCCAAAGGGAAGGGAAUCGGAGAUCGAUAUGCUUAUGAAAACGUUGGUGACUAUGGAGGCAGAGUACUAUGAAAAUAACAAGCUACCGGUUAGCAGACCAUCUAGUGUAGAAAGCAUUAAUGUUUUGACAUCUGGAGCAAUGAUGGAAAAGGCCAUUGAUGCUUUGAAAGAAGUUUCGCAGGAUGAACUUGGAGCCAAGAAUGCGGCUGCUGCUACUCAGAUAUCGCCAAAACUAAAAGAUAUAACCAAGAGUCAGAACACCCUUCGGAGUAAAAAGUCUUCUGGUACUACCAACAGUAAUGCUAGUGGUACAAAUACCAAUGAUUGGAGCAAUGACAAUGAAGAGAAUAACAUAUUUGCGAACUACGCUUCUUCAGGACGAAGUUUCGGGACGAAAAAGGGUAUCAAUGUGACAAAAAACAAGUACCAAGAUUCUAUGAACGGUGACAAUGGCACUAGUGACGGAAAUCUGGACGAAAAUGAUGAUGAUGAUGAUGAUGAUGACGACGACGGCGAGGAUGAAAACGAAGACGAAUAUUCUACACCAACGCUACAGCCCAAACUGAAAAAAGUGCGGCACAACACUGUACCGGAAUCCCAACCUUUCACCAUUACCAACUAUUUCUCCGACAACAAGACCUUCAUAAUGAAUGGAGAUGGCGGGACACAGCAAUGGGCCGGGAAGUCGGACUUGCACCAGGUGACUCAAAGGGUUCAGGGAGACUUAGAAAACGUGAAACACGAUGUUCAAGAACUUUCUGUCUUGUCGAAAAGGAUAGCAGCUAUCCUAGAAAGAGUCACUGGAAUGGAUAGCACGGGCACAUCGAACAAUAAUGGCGCACAUACUGCUUCGCUAAAUGGAACUGGAACUGGAACUGGAAACGGAAAUCCCAGUCCCAACUCCAGCCCACAGUAA